AUGCGGCGCUUUUUCCUCGUGUUGCUGGUUGUCGCCCUCUUCACGGUCGUCGAUGCUGCUUUGACGACUUCGGUAAGGAAAUUGACCACGCUAAGUACUGACCUCCCCGGCAAGAGGUUAUUAAGAAUUGAGACAAAGAGAGGGAAGGACAGUGGAGGAGGAGAAGAAGAAGGAGCGAGCGAUCACUGCUCCUGGCCUGUCGAAGCUGUCAAAGGUUAA